UACUGUGCUGUGUUGAUGGGAGAGUUUUCCGUCGGCUUCCCUUCUGCUUCUCAGGACAAGGAAACCUGCAUGGGCGUCAACAAUCAAAGUUAUACCUGUGAAACGGGCCACUGUUGUGGACAGUCGCAGUGUUGCAACUACUACUAUGAACUCUGGUGGUUCUGGCUGGUGUGGACUGUCAUCAUCAUAUUAAGCUGCUGUUGCGUUUGCCAUCACCGGCGCGCCAAACACCGCCUCCAAGCCCAACAGCGGCAACACGAGAUUAACCUGAUCGCUUACCGGGAAGCCCAUAACUAUACUUCCUACAGAGGGUCUGAAUGUAACGGGGGGCAGGCUGGCUUUUGGAAAAGAUUUUUGCCAAAUUAUUUACUGCCUCCCUAUGAGGAAGUGGUGAACCGACCUCCAACCCCUCCCCCACCGUACAGUGCCUUACAUCAGCAGGGUGUCCAAGCAGGCAGCAAUAGCACGAUCCCGGAUACACCCCGAAAUCUACAGCCAGCCCAGACAAGCUCUCCUCCAGCUCCAGGUGGCAGUCACAGCAGCACGGACAACACUGGGUCCUUCAGUGUCCGGGAGCCAGAACCCUCCAUGACAUUGGUUGAACGCACAGUCGCCAAAGGGCAGGGUACGGAGCCAGGCCACUCCAGCACUGCAGCGGAGCUGGAGGAAAUGGCCGAUCCCGUACCCUUCCCCGAUAAGGAGUCAGAGUGCAAGGAGGAACUGCUGAAAGACUUCAGCUGUGAAAGCCUAGACCAGAACACCGCGCUGCCCGAUGCCAAGGACAAGUCCCCCGGCAGGCACCGCCGUUUCACCGGCGACUCAGGCAUCGAAGUCUGCAUCUGCAACCGGGGCCACCCCGACGACGACCUCAAGGAGCUCAACGGGCUGAUGGACGAUGCUUUGGAGGGGCCCCUGGACUUCUGUGACAGCUGCAGCGGGCGCCCCCACGGGGAUGAGGAAGAAGGGCUUUUUAAUGCCUCCGAAGAGCAGCCCCGUGAACACAACCACCACCAUCUGCCUCGGCACCCGGCGUGUGUCCUCCUGAACACAAUAAACGAGCAGGACUCCCCCAACUCUCAGACCAGUCACUCGCCCAGCUAAAGUGGCUGAGUCCAAAGGGAGCCCAGAACAGGCUUAAGAACAACUUAAAAAAAGGUGACACAACCUUCCCCCCCACCCCCCAGAUGUGCUUUUGGGGACAUUCCCAAAACUCCUGCUUAGGAGGGUGGACAACUGUUCUUGCUUUGUUUUGUUUUUUAAAUCACACCCCUCCUCCUACAUAGGGUAGGGACUGCAGGUUCCAAAUGAGACUUCCCUAACGAUGAUUUGGGUGAUGGAUUAUUGUUGGUCUUCGUUUUCCAAAACCUGCUUGAUCUUGCAAGUAAAGCUCAGCAAGUCUAACCCUGCGAGGAUGAGAAAUGCAGUAUGGCUGCACCCUCCAGGUGUCUUCCCCAGAAACGCACAGCUUCCGAUCGCCCUGGCAAGCUGCAGCCCACCAGUUCUGGUUUGAGUCGUGCUCUCGAAGGAGUAGAGCUAAUCCAGGUUUUCCCCCACACCGCUAAGUCACUAGGUCAGAACAGCGCUGUCCCGCUGGUGCUUCAGGAACAGGUAGGGGGAGGAGAUUGCCCACGCGAAGCUGGUAACGGACAGACCAGUUUCUUCCAGGUAGAGUGUUAGUCUAGACCGUACACGUCGCAGAAAAGGUUGCAGGUUUUGCCUGCACCUCUCUCUAUUUUAAAGGCAAGUAGAUGGCUUUCAUCGAUGCCUCUCAGAGCACGCCUCUGAGUUAGAAUCCGGGCAGCUGGGCUGCCUUUCCAAGUACUGUGGUCGCUACGUGACAUUCAACUUUGUGUGCUGCAUCCAGUUUGGCCUUUUUUUUUUUAUUUUAUGUUUCAUUUUAUUAUUUGUACCCUUAGGGCAGCACUUUAGUUGAGAGGACAAAACAAAAAACAGGGCUGUCUUCGGCCAGUGUGCCUUCAAGUUCCAGUGAUGCAUGUUGAACAAAUGGGAGACAAAAGCUCCAUCCAUUGCAAAAAUAUUACUCGCAGUGGAGACCUGGGCAGUAUUCUUUUUGUUUUUAUCCAGACAUUUGGUGUGAUUCUGAUGCUGACCACUGAAGAAAUGAAUGUCUAAGGGUUUUUUUUAAGGUGCCAAGUGGCUACUGUAUGACGGCUGGGGGUGUGUGUGUGUGACUGCAAUACAUGCAUGUCCUACUGGUAAUACGAAUCCUGCUGUAAGACUGCAAGACAAUUUACUGUAGCUUUGCUUUAAUAAACAGUAGAGUUUUUGUUAGUAUAACCCAAAGGGGGGAAAAAACAAACAGCUGAACCUAACAUUCCCUGGAGCAUUCCUGUGGAUGAGGGCAGGACUCAAUCUGUGUAUGACGUGUACUUGGGUGUCCCUCUAGCUUCCCUUCACUUUUCGGUCAUUUCAGCCGUUACUGUUACGGGGGGAACAGAAACCUUAGCACAGGCAUUCAGAUCUGAUCGAUCGAAACCAAAAUCAGUUUACAAUAACGUGGAAACCAAAUACAUUGCCUUUUCUGUAA